AUGGCGGUAGUAGCCAGCUCGGUAGCAGCAGUGCUGGCGCUGCUGGCGUUGCAGCUUCCUGCAGCGGCGGCAGACGGUUGCGACAGAACAUGCGGCGACGUGGGCGUGCCGUAUCCAUUUGGCAUCACCGGCUCGGCCCCCGGCUGCUACUGGCGGGGCUUCAACCUCACCUGCGCCGACGACGACACGAGCGGCGGCAAACGGCUGCUGCUCGGCGACGGCUCGCUUCAGGUCAAAGACAUCUCGGUCGCCAACGCCACGGUGCGCGUCCUGCACACCGGCGACAUAAAGAUCGACCGCGAGGGCUACGGUAUCGGCGGCAACGAGCUCGUCGUGGUGGGCUGCAACGUGUACGCCACGCUGCUGGAGAAGAACAACGACAACAUCAUCGGCGGCUGCGCCUCCUUCUGCCCCAACGACAUGCCCGACCUGCAGGCUGGGCACGCUGCCUGCGACGGCAUGGGCUGCUGCCGGGCGCCCAUCGUCCAGACCCGCGACGACGUGGCGGGCAACGUGGUGUUCAGGUGGCUCGGCCCCACGGACGGCGGCCGGAGCGACACCGGGCUGCCGUGGCGCGUGUUCGUCGCGGAGGACGGGUGGUUCCACCGGAACGCAGCGGCGAAUCUCGCGUCCACGGAAGGUGCAGUAGUCCCCGUUCUUCUGCACUGGGUGGUCGUCGAGGAAGAUCAUGCCCCGGUAGCCGGCGAGCUGAAUUGCACCGACAAAGCCAAACGCCGUGUCUGCAAGAGUAGCAACAGCGAAUGCAAGAUGAGAGGCAGAGGCUAUACUUGCUCCUGCCAAAAGGGUUACAGUGGCAAUCCUUAUGUCCCCGACGACCAAGACGGAUGCAAAGGUUUGGAUUGGUGUCUUCCCAACAGGGCCGGCUGCCCAUUCAGCCGCAACCAAGUCAUAGAACCCCUCCUGUUCAAGCCAUGA